AUCGGUAAACUGCAUCAGCUGAUUCUCGCAAGAUGGCCGAUGCGCCUGCAUCGCGGAGUAUUUUAUAUCAGUACUGUAAAUAAUAUAUCGUUCAUAUCGGGGAUAGUAAAUUCUUCCAUGAAGAAAUGGCUACGCAACGUACUCUUCCGCAAAGCAAAGAGGCUUUAUUGAAGUCGUACAUGACGAGGCUAAAGGAUGAUGUGAAAUCGAUGCUGGAGAAUUUUGAAGAAAUAAUUAAACUCGCAAAAGGAGAGAAUGAUUCUCAACUAUCUCGGAUGACACAAUGCGAACAAGAUACGUAUGAAAUGCACGUAAGAGCAGCUAACAUCGUGCGUGCUGGCGAAUCAUUAAUGAAACUAGUCUCCGACAUAAAGCAAUAUUUAAUUUUGAAUGAUUUCCCAUCGGUGAACGAAGCCAUAGCACAAAACAGUAAAUUAUUUAGGACUAAGCAGGCAGAAUGUGAUCAAAAACUGGCUUCCCUAAGGGACGAUAUGGCUGCCGAUCUGUAUGAUCUAGAAGAAGAGUAUUAUACUUCGAUAUUUAAGUAACACUAGCUUUUGAUCGUGCAAUAUGCCACGAGAUCGCAUCACGAACACGAUCGAUUAAAACGUGAUUUAUCUUCACUCAUCCAUCUCUUGUACAUUAUGUAUUUAUUUAAAUAAAUAGGAUUAAUUUUUUAUAACA